AUGAAGGACACUAACAAAACCUGGGUGACAGAAUUCUUCCUUCUGGGACUUUCUGAUGACCUUCAAACCCAGCUCCUACUCUUCAUAUUUUUUCUGGUAGUCUACUUGGUUACUGCACUUGGAAAUCUGCUCAUUAUCUCCCUGGUUCUUAUUGACUCACAGCUCCAUACAUCCAUGUACUUUUUCCUUUGCAACUUGUCUUUGGCUGACCUGUGCUUCUCUACUUGUAUUGCUCCCCAAGCUCUUGCCCACAUGUUGUCCAGAAGGAAGAUCAUUUCCUUCAUAGGAUGUGCAGCUCAGCUUCUUUUCUCCCUCUUCUUAGGAGCUACAGAGUGUACACUGUUAGCUGUGAUGUCUUAUGACCGGUACUUGGCAAUCUGUGAUCCCAUGCACUACCCUCUCAUCAUGACAUGGAGACUGUGUGGCUACUUGGCCUUGGGUUGUUGGGCCAGUGGUAUUCUAGUGACAUUGGUUGACACUACAUUCACAUUAAAACUUCCCUACCAAGGAGAUAAUAGAAUUGCUCAUUUCUUUUGUGAGCCCCCAGCCAUCUUGGCCUUGGCAUCUGCAGACACCCAUAGCUCACAGAUGGCUAUUUUAAUCAUGGGAGUGGUGAUUCUUCUUGCACCUGUGUCUCUGAUCCUGGCAUCCUAUGGCUCCAUUAUAGUGACUGUUGUCAGGAUGAAGACAACCCUAGGGAGACUCAAAGCAUUCUCCACCUGUGGCUCCCACCUCCUUGUGGUCAUUAUUUUUUAUGGGUCAGCAAUCAUCAACUAUAUGACACCUAAAUCCUCCAAGGAGCAGGGGAAACUGAUGUCUGUGUUCUAUACUGUGAUAAACCCCAUGCUUAAUCCUCUCAUCUACAGCCUGAGGAACAAGGAUGUGAAGAGGGCACUCAAGAAUAUAGUCAAAGGAAGAAAACUCUUCAGAUCCUGA